GUUUCAUCAUUGUAAGCAUCUGAAGUUAGCUUUAUCUUACGGUCCCGGAGAUAAAUCAAAUUAAUCGAAUAGUAAAAUUACACCUAAAGGAUCCAUGGCUGCGUACUAGAGGAAUGUAAAAAUGAACCGGGAGCGGUGGAGCUUUCGAAUUCUAUAUAUAGUGAGUUAGGUUUAGUAAUUCUCUACAGCUUGGAAUCAACGAAACAUGUCGACGACAAACUGCGUGGAACUUGUCCUCCAUAAUGGUCAGACGGCGAAGGAGCCUAUUUCUUCUGUCUUCGAUCGUGAUGAGCAGAUUCAGCCAUCGCCACCGCCAGCAUCAGAAGAAGAAAACAAAAUCAUGAAAGAUGAAGAGAUCAAUUAUCAGGGGUCCAAACAGGAUAGCACCUACUCGUCUGACUUCGCCAAGCAGAUCAAGGAAAUGCGCAGCAUGCUCAUGAUCGUCGCCGCCCUCCUCCUGCAAAUGUCGUACCAAGCGGGCCUAAACCCUCCCGGUGGUUUCUGGCAGGACGACCCGUCGGCCACCGCCGCCCGGUCCAGCACCAUGACCGCCUCGUCGUUUGCCCCGGCUCCUCUCAGAGGAGAAAACGGCGGCGACGCCGUGGUGCCGCAGCCGUACCAGGCAGGGGAUCCCAUCAUGCGGUUCAAGAACCAUAGACGAUACCGCGAAUUCGAGAUCCUGAACGCGGUGUCCCUGGCGUGUUCCGCGGUGCUGAUUCUGAGCCUGCCGCUCCUGUCGGUGGUCCAGAACCAGAUGGUGGACCGCCUUGGCUUGCCGGUGGCGAUGGGUAUCAUGUACAUGGACCUGAUGUUCAUUCUGCUUGCGUACAACAUUGGAGCGGUCACCCCCGAGAAUCGCAUCAUCUCGCUGAUACCAAAUUUUGCGGCGACGGUGGUGGUGUUUUUGUUCUGCUGUAUACUACACUGUCUAUUGAGGAAAAUGAGACAGCUCAGGCGGCUUAAGGAGCUCCGUCAAAACUUGACUCAAGCUCGGAGUUAAUCAAUCCGGCUCGAGUUGUCUCGUUCAAUAUUUCAGUCUAUCUUAAAUCCAUUUAAUACUGGAUUUACGGCUCGUCAAAUUUUAUUGGGUCAAGUUAAUUUAAUAUUGUAAUAUUUAAAAUAAAUUUUAUUUUAAAAAUAAAUAAUAAAUUGAGGAGGUAUUUAUAGAUAGAGGAUUUUAUUAGAUAUACAUGUGGUCCAAGGUUUGAAAGCCCAUGAUUAGCACCACUGAUCAAGGAAAGUAAGGCGGCAAAAUGAUGCAAGUCUAAUUUACGAUGGA